UUUCAUUUUCAAUACCAUGACAUAUCACAAUCAACCAAUGAGAAUAGGAAAGGGGGUAGGAAGAACAAUCUGUUAUUGUGAUUCGUUCUAUUUGCAUGUUGUGGUGACUUUUCAAGGGCGAAUGAAGUAGUUGGAUUAGACGAGAUAUUUGAAUUACAGAUACAAGGAGGCAAAGUAGACGAGCACUGCUUCAAGAUGCGUGAGAUUGUGCACAUUCAGGCUGGACAGUGUGGUAAUCAAAUAGGUGCCAAAUUCUGGGAAGUAAUAUCAGAUGAGCAUGGAAUUGAUCCUACAGGGGCGUACCAUGGUGAUUCGGAUCUGCAACUUGAGCGCAUCAACGUUUACUACAAUGAGGCUAGUGGAGGGAAGUAUGUGCCUCGGGCUGUCUUAGUUGAUCUGGAGCCUGGCACUAUGGACAGCGUUCGUGCGGGACCAUUCGGACAACUUUUCCGCCCCGACAACUUCGUUUUCGGUCAAAGUGGAGCAGGAAACAAUUGGGCUAAAGGUCACUAUACGGAAGGUGCUGAGCUUGUUGAUUCUGUUCUGGAUGUUGUGAGGAAAGAAGCUGAGUCGUGUGACUGUCUUCAAGGUUUCCAACUUACACAUUCACUUGGUGGUGGGACUGGUUCAGGCAUGGGUACGCUGUUGAUAUCCAAGAUUCGUGAAGAAUAUCCUGAUCGUAUAAUGAAUACAUUUUCUGUCGUUCCAUCACCCAAGGUGUCAGAUACCGUUGUUGAACCGUACAAUGCUACACUCUCCGUCCAUCAACUCGUUGAAAAUACUGAUGAGACCUUCUGCAUUGACAAUGAAGCACUCUAUGAUAUAUGCUUCAGGACCUUGAAGCUUACGACUCCUACAUACGGUGACUUGAACCACUUGGUUAGUGCAACGAUGUCUGGAGUGACAACGUGUUUGAGAUUCCCUGGUCAGUUGAAUGCAGAUCUGCGUAAACUGGCGGUGAACAUGGUUCCAUUCCCACGUCUUCAUUUCUUCAUGCCUGGUUUCGCGCCACUCACUAGUCGUGGGAGCCAGCAGUACCGUUCAUUAACUGUACCUGAACUCACUCAGCAAAUGUUUGAUGCUAAGAAUAUGAUGGCUGCUUGUGAUCCUCGACAUGGACGUUAUUUGACUGUGGCUGCCAUAUUCCGUGGUCGUAUGUCGAUGAGGGAAGUAGACGAACAGAUGCUGAAUGUGCAGAAUAAGAAUUCGAGCUACUUCGUUGAGUGGAUUCCGAAUAAUGUGAAGACAGCCGUUUGUGACAUUCCACCACGUGGAUUGAAGAUGUCUGUGACGUUCAUUGGUAAUAGCACGGCUAUUCAAGAGUUGUUCAAGCGUGUUUCUGAGCAGUUCACUGCCAUGUUUCGUCGUAAAGCAUUUUUGCACUGGUACACAGGUGAAGGUAUGGACGAGAUGGAAUUUACUGAGGCUGAGUCGAAUAUGAAUGAUCUGGUGAGUGAAUAUCAACAAUACCAAGAUGCGACAGCUGAAGAAGAAGAGGAGUUCGAUGAGGAUGUUGAAGAUGUAUAGACUGAACUUGUUGCUUGUCUUUUCAUUAUACGUUGAUAUAUUUGUGGAAUAUACUCAGCUUAGAAUACCUUCAUUUCGUUUUUCCCUUGCG